AUGCACUCAGAAUCACAAGUUCAGCCACAUGGCUGGGCUUCGCUCGAGGAGAGGUAUGAAGUAAUGAAGGAGAUUGGUGAUGGCAGCUUCGGUAGUGUUGCACUUGCUCGCGUUCGAACUGCUGGAUCCCACAUCGCCCGUCGCGGCACUCUGGUGGCCAUCAAGACGAUGAAGAAGACAUUUGACUCGUUUUCGAGCUGUCUGGAGCUGCGAGAAGUCAUCUUCCUGCGAUCGUUGCCCCCUCACCCACACCUGGUGCCAGCCCUGGACAUCUUCCUGGACCCUUACAGCCGCAGACUUCACAUUGCCAUGGAGUUCAUGGACGGCAACCUGUACCAGCUCAUGAAGGCCCGCGAGCACAAGCCCAUGGACGCACACAGCGUGAAGAGUAUUCUCUUCCAGAUAAUGUCGGGACUGGAACACAUUCACGACCGCGACUUCUUCCACCGUGACAUCAAGCCCGAGAACAUUCUCGUCUCCACAUCGCAGCAAAACGACACAUCGCACCCCUUUCGCCGCUACUCGGCCAUGAUGACACCGCCAUCGACACCACCCGUCUACACCAUCAAGAUUGCCGACUUUGGACUGGCCAGGGAAACCCACUCGAAGCUUCCUUACACCACGUACGUCUCGACCCGCUGGUACCGCGCUCCCGAGGUUCUUCUGCGCGCUGGCCACUACUCAGCGCCUGUCGACAUUUGGGCCGUCGGUGCCAUGGCUGUCGAGAUUGCCACACUGAAGCCACUGUUCCCUGGCGGAAACGAGGUCGACCAAGUAUGGCGAGUAUGCGAGAUCAUGGGCAGCCCCGGAGGCUGGGUCAACAAGAAUGGCCAACGCGUCGGAGGUGGCGAAUGGAAGGAUGGUGUCAAGCUGGCCCAGAAGCUGGGAUUCUCCUUCCCCAAGAUGGCACCACACUCACUCGACACCAUCCUCCCAUCGCCACAGUGGCCAGCCAGCCUGGCCCAGUUUGUGACAUGGUGUCUCCUGUGGGACCCCCGAGCUAGGCCUACGUCGCGACAAGCACUCGAACACGAAUACUUCCAGGACGCUGUCGAUCCACUACGACUCAAGUCAUCGUCUUCUCGCCUGUUGGGCCGCAAGGGUUCUGAGGUCUCCGGAAAAGACUCGCCCGACGCCUCACCCAAGCUCACAUCAAAGACGUCUUCGUGGCUCCGCCGAUCAUUGGUUGCACGCGAAAGUGCCCCAGCAGUGCCACAGCACAGCACUGCCCAGCCCAUCUCACCUCGGCCGUCACCUGCACAAGCGAAUUCAGGUGAUGUGGGUGGGUCGACUAAGCAACGUCUCAAUGCCACUAAGCGAGCUACGUGGACAAACGGGGCUUCCAACAAUGGCGCGCCUAUCCCCAUUCUGCCUUCCAUCAAGCCAAUCUCACCGCUAUCUGCUGAGGUGACUGCACAGGCUAAUGUUCGUGCCAACAACGAUGAACUGGCUGCAAAGAAGAUUGGCCGCCAGCUGUCCGUCGCUUCACACGGCAAUCACUACGCAGACAUGCACCGCCAAGAGGCCGAGCGCGCACUGAAUGGGCAGUUGGACGUGACUUCUCCCCUCAGUGGACAGAAAGAAGGUUUCUUCUCACACCUCAGGAAGCGCGCUCGACGCCUGUCAGGCCGCUACCAAACCCCCAUGUCGCCCAAUUCAGAUGACAUUGAGGCCAAUGCAGGAUGCGCUCCCUGGGCAACCACGACGAGCGCUAGGCAGUCUUUGAUCAUGGAGCAGUCACAAGCCGCCAGCCCAGCAGCCUCAACCUCGGAGUUUGCUGAGCUGGACAAGGCGUUGCAACAUGUGCGCGACAGCGUAGAAGCCCACUCCCAACAGAGUGCGUCGGCAAAGAGCUCACGUGUCGCAUCAAACCCCAUGCUCAAGCGCCAUCACUCUGUCCCACACGGCCCUGAGCCGCGAAACGGAGAGAACAACGGCAGCGCCCCUGUCUCGAGCAGGACACGCCGCGCCGUGCAGAACAAGUCGAACCCAUCAAAUCGGUACGAGACACCCAACGAAGAGGAGGAGCUCCUCAGUGAGGUUCUCGCAUCCACACACAAGGCGGCAAAGAAGCUUGACAACGAGAAACAGUCGGGUGCUGCUGCAUCUUACUUGACACCCUCGCCGUCGGCGAAUCGCAACAGCGUUGGCUUUGGGCAGUCCGACUACGCAACACCAAGCAAGCCCAUGGACAUUUCCAAGAACCAUACCAAGGAGAACAACGACCCCGUAUCCAAGUGGCCAACACCACCAUCCGACGGAGACUUGGACUGGGCUUCGAGUGUCGCGGCUAGCCUCAUGGCUGCCCAAACCCGACACCGAUGA